CAUAAUUCUCACAAGAAGUAAGGUCCAGCUGAAUAAUGGUCUUAUGUUUAGGAAACCAGAAGGAGAGGGGUUCGCCAGCUUCAGCUGGAAUGUCAGUUUGUUGUGUGAUGAGUGAUGGAAGUAAGAGUAUGUAUGGUGUAAUCAUAGAACAGAGGCCAUAAGUCUCUAAGUCUGAAUGCCUCACAGAAAGAAGGCAGAAACCUGAACCAGGACGAGGUUCCACGUUUGAUGAUCCAAGGGGACCAGAAGGACCUCUCCCAGUGAUACCAGGAGAUCUAGUGUACAUUUGAGUGUUCCGGAGGAAGUGGGAUCAACCGAGGAGAGAAGGACCAUACGAGGUGGCCAAAGCAACAAGAACGGCCGUCCAAGUGAAAGGAAGCCAGACGUGAUACCAUCUGAACCACUGCACCCGAGUCCCAACAGAGAGAAGGACACAACCAUAUAGAGAUGAGGACACAGAGGAUGCUGAUCCACCAGGCAGGAGCCCGGAAGGAGCAGGAACAGCGAAAGCAAUCGAGACGCCAGGGAGGAGCCAAAAGAACAGCAGACCAAGUGAAAGCCAAAAUACGACAGGUGCAUCGCCUAAGGCACCCAGAAGAAGACGAAGGAAAGACAACCCUGGAGAGAGAACCUGCGAACAACCAGUAUUCUCUCCUGUGGGGCCAGAGAGUCCAGGGAUGGGGGGGAGUAACAUGCCUGCUACUCUUGAUGACAUACCUGUUGUGGCAGACCUCCUUGAAGGAAACCCUCCACAGUGGGACCCCGAAGUACCACCUACAGAAUGGGAACAUCUCUUCCCUGAAAUUAAUACUUUUCCAGAUGGAAGCCCAGUCUGGCCUGAGGAGGGAGCCUCAGGGGAAGAAAGAGGAGGAGAGGCCUCACAAGGAACAGAAGGAGAGACCCCACAAAGAGGAGGAAAAGUCCCGCAAGCUGAAGAAAAUGGGGAUUUCCCCACAAUUGACUUUUCAGCUCUUGGAUGGUCCCCUUAACAGACAAUUGAAAUUAGAACCACAGAAGAACAAUGACAUUGACAUAACAGAAGUAACAGUGAACGCUAGUAUAGAAUCAACAGACUCACGCACAAUCAAGAAGUAUGGUGUAAGCAGGAAGAGAAGAGAGGAAUCAGCCAAACAAUCCAAAAAGACUGACAAGGUUAGAAUCUCUGUUCCACCUCAACUCAUAACAGAAGCAGGAGAACUGAAGUCUAUUUCAAUCAUAAGGACCAAACCCUUACCGGAGAUUGCACUCUGUGGAUGGACACAUCACCAAACAAAGGGAGAAGUCAUUUGGGACCCGAAAGGAUGUGACCUGACAUUAAUCAAAGAAAAAGACGAGUGGGUGCUCAUCAUGAACAAGAUUGAACCAGUGGAAGGUGAAGAACAUAUAGUUGAAAUAACAAGAACAACAGUGACCGAAGAGAGUAGCAGCACGGUCAUUAGAAUUGAUCCCACCCCUGCACCUGAACAGGAAGAACCUGUGACAACUAGAACAACGACAACAACAAUGGUGGCAGCUGCUGUGAAGACUACAGUAGCUACCACUAAGAUAACAUCAACUGCCCUUACCAAGCAGUCCACUGUACCCACAAAGAAACCUGAGACAUCAGAACCAGAAGGGUUUUUUACUGACAUUUGGAACUUUCUGAUAAACACUAACAAUCUGCCUCGAGAAAAGGACAAUGUGACUCCAACUGAUGCUUUAACCCCAGAACUAUACAAGGACAACUCAUUGGAGAAAUUAGUGGGAAAUGAAUGGUAUGAAUGGGCUAAGUAUACGGCAAACAAACACAGAAUGGACAAUUGUAUUUAUUGUAGCAAAUCACCUUUGUCUGAUCUUUUGAUAGUACCUGAACUUGCAUCAUUUGAAGAAUGUGUUAAAUGGAAAAUGUUCAAUGUAUUCAGAGAAAAUACUACAUUCCUUUGUGUAACAUAGAAUGCAGUUUGGCAUUAGGUAACACUAAAGGCAGAAGUGAAUUAAAUAAAAAAUAUGUUGGGAGAACAUGAAUGUGCAACAUAUGACAUAAGAACUGAAUUGAAUGAUCCUCAUAAUGAUAGGUUUACUAUUGUAAAAAUAAAAAAUGAAUGUUUCUACAGCUAUGGAGAUAAUGGGAUGGAUGUGGGAAACACUAUAGUUAAUUGAAUAAACUAUUUGGGUGUUAGAAACUGCAGGAGUUAGUAAAUUUGAUAAAGGAAUGGUUGUGAAACACAAAGGUAAAUGUGGUAAUAUAACUCAAGUAACAUUAUAUCUUGAAAUGUUAAAGAAUCAGGAUUAAGGAAUAGCUGAUAGUUUCUGGAUGUGUGGGCAUACUAUAUGCUCAUUGCUUCUUCACAAUAUAAUGAUUGAUUAUAAGUGUUUUAUUUUUUACAGAAUAGAUAUUUUACUCCUAUCUAUGUUAUUGUUUGGAGAUGUUUGGUCUAGUUGGGUUUUGUAAGUGUUUUAUGUUUCAAAUUGGAUCUUUUACUCCUAUCUGUAUUKACGUUUGGAGAUGUUUGGUCCAGUUGACCUAUAUGCUUUAUUCACAGUUAACCUGUAUGCUUUAUUCACAUUUGAUAAUCUUUUUGCCCAUCUUUGGUAUUGACCUUCACCAUCUUGAUAUCCUUUUAGUAUAGUGUGUGGGACUGAUUAGCCCCAGAGGAGGGAUUUGUGGUAGUUAUUGUUACAUAUAGAGACAUACAGUAUAUGACACUAUUGAGCAAAGACAGGUGUACAUUAGACCACAAGAGGAGAAGGCGACACUUGAGUGCAUUUGCCAUUCUGGAAAGAACAGGAAACCAAAGAUUAGCAGACAUGAGUGAAGGGCCACAGGCUGGAGGGAACAGGAAACCAAGAAUUAACAGACAUAAUGGCCAAAGCCAUAAAAUGCAUAAAUGCUUAGGGUAAAGAGGAAGAGGCGACAUUUAAGUGCAUUGUCUAUUGUAGAGGACAGGAAACCAAAGCAAGGCCAUGAGUGCAUAGGACAGCUGGACAUACUGAGGUCAGAGGGACACACAAAGGAGGGUGCCAGCCAAAUGACCAACAGAUGGACUAUAGACAUAGUACAUAUAUCAUUCUUAGGACACGAAAGGGUCCUGCCACCAUUGUAAUCUAAUCAAGAGCGGAUACAGGCGUUAUUGGGCAUGAACAAGCAGGAAGCCUGAACUGAAAGAUAAUGGUGGCAGAUGACCUGAGGGAAGUAACUUCAWUAACAUGUGGAAUGYACUCAUAUGCUGUGUGUGUAUAAAUACAGAGCCAGUGCUCUGGGAAAGGGUGUGUUCCGCGGACCAU